UGGUCCAACGCCACGCUGUCGAGACCAGCGUAUAUUCUUGUUUGACAGAAUUUACUCAGCCGCGCCUCCUUGGCGCCCUGACAUUCGUCCCAUCUUCUGAGGCUCCUUCCGGGCUUCUUGCUGUCGCGGUCGUCAUAGGACUGCCGAUAGUGCUUUGGACAUAUAAAUGCAUCAUGAUGGUCCUAUUCCAGCGCCGAAUUAUAUACAUGGGUUAUCUUCCACCGGGCGCUCGCGAGGAGGAGCUGAAGGACGUGAAGAUCGGCAAGGGCAUAAGCUGCGAAGAAGUUACAAUAGAGGGCGAAAGAGGAAACGCUCUCUACGGCUUGCUCGUCUGUAGGGAGGCAUUGGCCCAAGCUGCUACAGACCCGAAGACCGUAAUAUUUUAUAUGCAAGGAAAUGCUGGGACACCACUGGGCCGGAUACCCCUUUUCCGACGUCUCCUGCUCGGCAUCCGCCUUACGCCGAAGGCGGCACCGCCCUCUGAUGCCAUGAGCGAUACGGCGAUCCUGGCAGUCGCCCCGCGCUCGUUUUGGAAAUCGACGCCCCGGCGCCCGACCGAACGCGGGAUCAUGUCGGACUACGAGCAGGCCCUUGCAUACGCCUGCAAGCGCUUCCCGUCGUCGAACAUCGUCAUCUACGGCCACUCGCUCGGCGGCGCGGCGGCGGUCUGUCUCGUGUCGCGGCUGCGAGACACAGACAAAUACCGGAACGUCAAGGGCUUUGUGCUCGAGAACCCCUUCGCAUCCAUCCCGGCGAUGGUGAAAGCGGUGUACCCGCAACGCUGGCUGCCGUACCACUAUCUAGGUGGCUGCGCGCUCGACAAGUGGGACGCUGUCGGCGCUAUGGCGCGCGCCCAGGUGGACAGCUCAUCCCUGCUACACCGGUUAUCGCGCUCGAUGCUGCUUAUCCUGAGCGAGAAAGACGAGAUCGUGCCGACCGAGCAUGGACAGGCGAUAUUCGAGGCUACGACGCGGGGCGCCGAGGAGGUGAAAGAAGGCGAGCAGCGCAGGCUCGUAAUCAUACCCGGUGCCUUACACGAAACCACGUGGAGGGAGCGGAGGUGGAGGGCGGAGGUGGAGGCGUACAUACGUUCCGUUAACCAGGGACCUACCAUGCAACGGACUGGCAACACUGUAGUAAUUACGCCUGACUCGUGACUAGC